ACGCGCGCGAUGGCGGCGUUCCACGACCUGCGCGCGCCCGCGCUCGACGGCUCGACGAUCGAGUUUGCAUCGAUGAAGGGCAAAGUCGUGCUCGUGACGAACGUCGCGAGCAGGUGAGGCGCGACGAAGCGCGAGUACGCGGCGCUGCGCGACUUGUCGAACAAGUACUCGCCGGAUUUAGUCGUCGUGCUCACGCCGAGCGGGCAGUUCGGGGGACAGGAGCUGGCGAAGGCGGAGGACAUCGCGGCGUUCGUGGCGAAGCAAGAAUUCGAGACGGCGCCGACGGUGACGGCGAAGACGAACGUGAACGGCGCGGACGCGUCGCCGGUGUGGACGUUCUUGAAAAAGGCGUCGGGGGAUGAAUCCGACGUGCGAUGGAACUUUGCGUGUAAGUUUUUGGUGGAUCGCGAUGGAAACGUCGUCGAACGC